AUGGAGACAAAAAACUUAACAAGGGUCUUGGAAAUUCUCUUCCUGGGACUGACAAAUGAUCCAGAACUACAGUCUGUCCUCUUUGGUCUGUUCCUGUCCAUGUACUUGAUCACCGUGCUUGGAAAUCUGAUCAUCAUCCUGGCCAUCCGGUUUGAUCCCCACCUCCACACCCCCAUGUACUUCUUCCUCUCCAUCCUCUCCUUGGCUGACAUUGGCUUCAGCAGCAGCACCAUCCCCAAGAUGCUGACAAACCUCUGGACACACCUCAAAUCCAUCAGCUAUGCUGGCUGCCUAACACAGGUGGCCCUUUUUAUUUGGUUUGGAUGCUUGGACAGUCUGCUCUUGGCAGUGAUGGCCUAUGACCGCUUGGUGGCGAUCUGUCAACCUCUCCACUACACACUUAUCAUGAACCCUCGCCUCUGUGUCUCCUUGUUGCUGCUGUUAUUGUUCAUUGGCCUUUUGGAUUCCUUGGCUCAAUGCUUGAUGGUGUCACAAUUUAACUUCUGUACAGAUGUAGAAAUUCCUAGUUUCUUCUGUAACACUCCUCAACUCCUUAAGCUUUCCUGUGAUUAUACUUCCACUAAGAACAUCUUCAUCUUUCUCUUUGCUAUAGUCUUUGGUGGGCUUCCAGUCUCCGGGAUACUGUACUCUUAUGCUCGCAUUGUUUCCUCUAUUCUUGGAAUUCCAUCAGCCAGUGGAAAAUACAAAGCCUUCUCCACCUGUGGCUCUCACCUCUCAGUUGUGUGCUUGUUUUAUGGAACAGCCAUUGGGGCAUAUUGCAGUUCAAUUAUUUCUGAUGCCAACAGGAAAGUGAUGGUGGCCUCUGUGAUGUACACCAUGGUCACCCCCAUGCUGAACCCCUUUGUCUACAGUUUAAGGAACAGGGACAUCAAGAGAGCACUUAAGAAGCUGGUGAGUAUGACAGCCUAA